AUGACGUCGUCUGCUUCAGUGUGCUCUCAGAGCUUGUUGCGUGUGUGUCGUGUGGAUUUACGCUCUGGAUUUACCCUAUUUUUAUUCGACUGUCAGAGCCUUUACAUGGGCGCACCUCCACGCCAGCAUGGGACGUCGCUGAGCGCGGGACCUGAUCGCCGAGACACCAUAAUUGAGGCGGGACCGAGAGCGGGGCGGGUGGGCGUGGGUUCGGGCGUAGUAGUCAAAGGGCGUGGCGAGAGUGCCUUCCGCCCGUCGUGAUGAGUCCCCUCCGGCGGGUGAAGCUGACGGAGCUGAACGCCCACCUGGUGUGCGUUCUGUGCUCCGGCUACUUCGUCGACGCCACUACCAUCAUCGAGUGCCUCCACACCUUCUGCAAGACGUGCAUCGUGCGCUACCUGCACACCUCCUCCUUCUGCCCCAUCUGCGAUGUGCAGGUACACAAGACAAAGCCCCUGCUGUCCCUCCGCGAGGACCGGACGCUGCAGGACGUGGUAUUCAAGCUGGUGCCCGGGCUGUUCCACUCGGAGACAGGUCGGAGGCACCACUUCUACAAGGAGCAUCCUGAGGCCGGCGGCGACCGGACGGAGCAGAGCCUUCGAGAGCGACGCCACUUCUUCCACGUGGACGACCAGAUCUCGCUGUCGCUGGAGUACCUCCCUUCGCCGCCCCCGUCGUCCUCCGCCACCCACGCCCAGGUGCAGGCCCACGUGCAGGCGCUCAAGCCCCCCCUCAAACUCAGCAAUGGGCAGCACCUCAAGCCCGUCGCCAAGCAGGAAGCAGGAGGGGUACCAGCAGGAGGUGGAGGAGGAGGAGGUGGAGGAGGAGGGAGCGUGGAGCAGCAGGAGGAGGAGAAGAGCCAGGCCAUGGCGGUGGUGGAGGACAAGGAGUUGGUGAAGGAAGAGUUGGUCAAGAAGGAGGAGGAAGAAAUGGACGAUAAAGAAGGUGUUAAUGGGAAGACGGUGCACAAGCGGUACCUGCGGUGCCCGGCAGCGGUGCAGGUGUCGCACUUGGAGAAGUUCAUCCGCCUCAAGUACAGCCUUCUGCCCGCCACGCACAGGGUCGACAUCAUGUACGGCGAGGACUGCCUGAUGGGCGAGCUGACGCUGCUCGACGUGGUGUACAUGUACAAGUGGACGGAGGACGCGCCGCUGCGGCUCCUUUACACGGUCACGGCCAUCCCGCAGUCCCGCAAGCGGCCCAGGAUCAAUGGCACGCGGGCCAUCACCGCCGCCGACUCGGAAGCGCCGCUGCCGAAGCUUCCCCGGAUGCAGGCGCCGCAGGAGGUGAGCCAGACGCCCCCCGCCGGCUCGUCCGUCGUGCAGGUCCCCGCGAAGCCGCCCUGCGUCCAGGAGCAGGGCGGGGACGAGCCCAUGGAGACCGAGGCGGACGCGAAGGAGGCGCCGAAGACGGAGCCAGAGCAGAAGGCGGUCGCGCCGCCGAGCUGCGUGCCCGCGAGCACGAGCGCCGCGACGCAACCGCAGCAGGCGACGACCGCCCCCACGUCCUCCGCCGCCAAGCCACAGGGCGCCCAGGUGGUCGGCGCCAGCCUCACGCCGGCCCCCGUGGCGUCGCGGGGCCGCCCGGCCGUCACCACCACCACCCCGGCCACCACCACGCCCCGGGUGGCCCUGCCGCACCCCCCGAAGGCCCUGCACGCCGCGCCCAGUGCCUCGCCCGGUGCCGCCCCCGCGCCCGCCGCCGCCGCGCCCGCCACCACGCCCGCCGCCUCCCCCGGCGCCGUGGCCCCCGGGCGAGCGCAGGCCGCCCGCCCCCUCGUCAACGGCAUCGCCGACGGCGCCACCAAGCCGCAGCCGGCGGUGGCCCAGCCCAAUAAGGUGCCGCAGCCCAUCAUCCCGACGCGGCCGCGGCUCGGGCGGCCGCCCAAUGCCUCCCGCAUCGCGGCGGUCAACAUGAAGCCGCCUGGCCCGAGGCUGGGCGACGCGCGGCCCCCCCGCCACCCCGCGCCUGGCACCAAGAUUAUGCCGCAGCCGCAGGCGGGCGCCGGCAGGGGCAGCCCCACCGUGUCCGCCAGCCUCAGCGUCCAGAACCGCCUGAUCAGCAUCAGCGGCCCGCCCGUCCGGCCCAACUCCGCCAAGGUGUCCGUCAAGCGCCCCGGCGACGGCAGGGCGAGCGAGGCCGGCGUGACCCCGCAGGAGGGCCCGGCGGCCGCCCCCGCCGCGCCCGCCACCUCCGCCGCCACUGCCACCACCACGACGGCACAGAGCUUCCCUCCGGCGGCUACGCAGAGACUACCCGGCAGCGGCAUGGCGCCCCAGCGGCCUCAAGGUGCUCCCGGCGGCCCUCGCCCCGGGGGCCCCCACGCCGCCGCUGCCGCGCAGCGCCCAGGGGCGCCCGGCGCUCCGCGUCCCGCGCUGGCCGGCGCGCCGCGGCCGCCGACGACCUCCUCCGCCCCGCGCACAGCCGGCCCUGUGACGCAGCGGCCUUCGGGUCCGGCCCCCCUUCGCCCGGGCACGCCUGCCGCACAGCGCCCUCCCGGUGCCGCUGGGGCCCCGCGUCCCGGCACCCCCGGAGCCCAGCGGCCCUCGGCCAUGCCGCCUUCCGCCGCGAACGCAGCCGCGCCGACGCGCCCCGGUGCCCCCGCCGCGCAGCGACCCCCAGCCAGCGGCCCGCGGCCCGCAGGCGCGUCGCCCGCACAGCGCCCUCAAGAGCACAUGGCCUCACCCGGGGUACAGCGGCCGCAGGGCGUUUCCCCGGGCAUGGCUACCAUGCAGCGUCCUGCCUCCGCCGUGGUGCGCCCCUCCGGCACGCCCGUGUCCACCAAGACGCCCAAUGGCACCGUCCAACCGCGCCCGCCGCAGACGCAGCGCUCGCACGUGGCGCAGGGCGCGACCAGACUCGCGGACGGCAGCGGCUCCCAGCGCCCGCCCGCCCCUGCGGCCUCCCCACGGCCCGCCACGCCCAAGACGCCCUCGCACGACGGCUCGGCGCCCUCCCCGCAGCCGCCCGCCACGCCCCCGGCCUCCCGCUCCACGCCCUCGCCCAGGACGCUGCCCGGCGCCGCAAUGUCAUUCGCCAGCCCCGUCAACGCGUCGCCCGCGACCUCCGCCUGCGCGCCUCAGCUACAGGCUAAGGCCGGCCCGCCCACCUCCGUCAGCAGCGGCAGCAAGCAGGGCAUGGGCCGCCCCCCUGCCUCCAACGCCCAGGCCCGCACCCCGCAGCCUGCCGCCCACCCCAGUGCCAAAACCCCGCCCAACAAGACCCCGCAACAGUCCCCAGCGGGCGUGAAAGGCUCGCCCAAGUCACCUGGGCGGGGGCGCGGGGGCGGCGCGGGGUCGCCCAUCCUGAGGAUCGCCCAAAACUUGGCCAGCCGGCAGCAACAGCAGCAACAGCAGCAACAACAGCAACAACAACAGCAACACCAACAGCAACAACAGCAACAGCAACAACUACAACAACAACAACAACUACACCAACAACAACUACAACAACAGCAACAACAACAGCAACAACAACAACAACAACAACAGCAACAACAACAACAACAACAACAACAACAACAACAACAACACCAACAACAACAACAACAACACCAGCAGCAGCAGCAACAGAUGCAGCAGAUGCAGCAGCGCAGCUCGACGCCCACCACGCCCACCAGCACCAUGCUCACCCCCGUCAGCUCCGUGGGCGUCCCGAGCAGUCAGGUCAGCAGCCAGCAGGCGUACGGCGCGGCCGCGGCGCCCGGCGGGAACAUGUACCCCGGCAGCGUCGGCGGCGGGUUCAUGUCUCCGGCGCUGGCGGCGGCGGCGUACAUGGCGUCGGCGUACGGCGACCCGUCGACGCUGAACGACGUGGCGGCCAUGACCAACCUGAUCACGCUGAGCCAGGCGGCCGCCCGCAUCCGCGAGUUCAACCUGGCCAACAUGGUGUCGGAGACGCUGCCGCGGCCGCUGGAGCCCACGCCCAUCGACCUGUCGCCCACGUCGAAGGCCGCGCCGCAGACGCCGCUCACCAACGGCCGCGCCCACAAGACCACCGCCCACUCCGGCUCAGGCACCAAGAGCACGUCGCUCGUCACCAAGUCGCCCUCGUCCAAGACCAGCCGCGUCAGCGCCGUCGCCAGCCCCGCUGCGCCCACGAUCUCGUCGCCCACGCCCGAGGUCACCAUCACCAAGCUCCCCAGCACGUCCGGCGGCGCCACCAGCAGCAGCUCGUCCACGCUCGCGUCCGCCGCGACAGGGAAGGGCGUCUCCGUGCCCGGCCUGGUCAAGCUGGGCGGCGGCAACACCAACACCGUGUCCAUCACCAAGCGGCCGGCCUCCAGCAGCCGCAUCGUGGCCAAGUCCCCCGCCAACGCCUCCGUCAGGCAGAUCCCGAACCCGUCCUUCGUGCGCCACCAGUCCGAGGCUAGGAACAACAACAACCUCCCCAAGACGGCCUCCUCCUCCGCCGCCGCCGCCGCCUCCUCGGCUUCCUUCGUCAAGGCCGGAAUCAACUCGUCCAAGGCGUACACGAUGGGCAAGCAGGGCGGCCCAGGGGCGGGCAAGCAGGGCGGCCAUGGGACCGGCAACUCGCCCCUGAAGGACAUGGGUCCCCUGCCGGACACGUCGUCGUCCAUCCUAAAGAUGGAGCACCUGACGCGGUCGCUGCCCGCCUCCGCCGCCCCCUCGGCCAGGCUCUUCGACUCGAGAUAGGGAAGGGCGGCGCGAGAGUCUUUCAGAAGGCGCGAGGAGGAAUAGCGAACGAUAACCGGUGGACGAAGAGAGGGGAUGGGAAGGGGGCGAGCAAAUUGCGCGUUUGUGGCCGGUGCCAGCCCCGCCUGUGCCCCUGGGCACAAAGUCGAUUUAUGCAACGAUAGAAACACAGAGCGCGAGUUGUUGCCCUUAUGAACGUUGUUACGCGAAAGUGCGCAUGGCGGUGUGUUCCGGCAAGAGUGCGAAGUGAAUGCAAUGAGAAAGAAAGAUGAAAGGUGAAUUCUUAUCCCGUCUUGGACUUUAUCCACCCAAGACCUCAGAUUCAGUGCCACAUCCCAGUGCCUUCCUCAUGCAGCGAGUGAUGUCGAAUGGACCUUCGUGCGGGACUAACACAAUACGAAUUACGACUACGUUUACUCUAUAAUCCAAACCUCUUUACGUGAUCUACUAACGAAGUAGUGAGAGGACCUGUUUUCUUUGAAUUCGUGCAAGAAAAGUGAUGUGGAUUUUUGGAAACGUUGGAGACGGAGUAAGGAGACGGACGUGUGUGUGUUUGUAGGUAAUUACCCACCAUGGAUUGGUAUUUAUUAUCAGUUAUGUUUCAUUGUCUUAAAGAAAAGGAGAGUUGGUGAUAAUUAUGCCACGCCAUUCCAAAGGUUUCGAACACAGACAGACGUGUGGUGUGGUGUGGCGACGAAGGAACAGGAAAAAGAUGAUUUCUUUUUUUUUCGUGUAUGUUAAAUGUGUGUGAUAAAAGUAGACGAAAGGAACGGAACACAAACCUUGGAAGAAGAGAAAAGGAUUUUUGAAGGAAGAAAAAAAAAAGAAAAAAAAAAAAAGAAAACUCAUACGGAAAUUUAACCAAUCGAGAUUUAAAAGGCUGAUGAUAUCUUCCAAAAAAAAUUGUGAAACACUCCGACACAUAUCUGAAAAAAGCUGUGAAAAAAAAGAACUUUAAAGAUAACUCAUUUUUUUUUCGCUCAUGCAUAUCAUAAUCAUCGGUUCAGGUUGGAGCCAAAAAGGAUAGUCACGUUUUUUUUUUUUUUUUUUUUUAUUUUUUUUGUGCUUCUUGUGUUUCUAACCUUCAGUUAACAAAUCAUGGAGUGCGCUGUUGAAGUAGCACAGGAAAAUUAAAUUUAUAUUUUUUUUUCACUCUUUGGUUUCAAAGGCAAAUGUGAUUGAUAACAACCCCCAACCCCCACCCCCAUCCCCCCUUCUCUCACAGACCCACGCAAAUAAAACAUUGUUUUUAAGUCGUGUGUUCAACCAGUAAACAAAUACAAACAAUAUAAACCUAUAUCUUAAGUUAGAGAGAAAGACUUGAUGAGCUGGGUCCUCAGGUGACUUUGUACAUGGGAGCUACAUGGUAUUUUGUAGAUUUGGGCCCUCUAGUGACUCUGUAUUAGGCCCGUAAGUGAUCUGUAAGUUGGUCCAAGUGGCUUUAUUGAUUAGGCCCCCAAGUGGCUUUAUAAAAUGGGCCUUCAAGUGAUUUUUAUAGAUUGGGCCUUCCAAGUGGCUUUAUAAAAGGGGCCCUCAAGUGAUUUUUUUAUAGAUUGGGCCCCUCAAGUGACUUUACAAACUGGACCUUCAAGUGGCUUUAUAAAUUGGGCCUCCCAAGUGAUUUUAUACAUUGGGCCCCACAGAUGACCAGUUCGGUGUUCCUUAGUCAAUACCCCCCCCCCCCCCCCCCCCCUCUCUCUCUUUUUUGUAUAAUAGAUUUCCAGAUGCCUUCUUAACUAGGGGAUCGUAAUUGUAUGUAAAUAGAUAUGCUGUAUAUGUGUUUUGGUUAAACUUUUUUUUUCUUUUUUUUUGGUGAAUUUGAGGGGGGUAAGGGACGAGAUUUACAAAAUGGGUGUUUGAGGAGUGUUUGGGGG